GUAUUUUUACUGUAUGUAUGGAGUCAUCCUAUCUCAGAGUUGCGAAUUGAACAAACGCGACGCCGAUUUGCGUGUAUCUCCUCCUUUUGUACCAUUCCUGGUGUACAUCGUUUCCCGCUUUCCUCGGAAUGCAUGGCAGCUAAAAGUCGACUGACAUCCUUUUGAGUUCCAGCAGAGUUAUGGCGAACUUCUCUGCCACCACUUACACUGAUUGGACCCGCUCAGACAAAUACCAUAGGUCUUUUCUUACGCCCACGGACGACAUCCUCCGUGCUGCUGUCCAGAAUAGCGAUGCCCAUGGUCUACGGACAGAAAUAUCCGUUAGCACUGCGCUUGGGAGAUUUCUGAAUUUACUUGCUAGAUCUAUUGGUGCAAAGAGAAUCCUCGAGAUCGGAACCCUUGCAGGAUACUCGACUAUAUAUCUGGCUAGAGCACUUCCGAAGGAUGGAAAGGUCAUCUCACUGGAACUUCAUGAACUCCACGCUAAGGUUGCCUCAGAAAAUAUCGCACUAGCUGGAUUAAGCUCUCAAGUUGACAUCGUUGUCGGUCCUGCGCUCCAAAAUCUUGCAAAUUUUCCUACCGAACAAAAAUUUGACCUGAUCUUUAUCGACGCAGAUAAGCCUCCAAUGGCCGAGUACUUUGCGGAGGCGAAACGGUUGGUAAAACAAGGAGGAGUUAUUAUCCUCGAUAAUGUCGUUCUGAAUGGCGAUGUCGCCAGGGAAUGUCUUCCAGAUACACUGUCCGAUUAUGAUAAAGAGAAAGUUAUGGGGAUUAAGAGGCUGCUCGCUUCAAUUCAAGGAGACAAUGAAGUUGAGGCAACAACUAUCAGUACAGCUGAUGAGAAAGGUUACGACGGCUUCAUGUAUGUUAUUCGAAAGUAGCUCGAUUCAUUCGACUUUGGUUUUUGAAUGUCAAAAAUUUGUCAGUAUUGUGCAAUGGGA